AUGAAGCCCGUCCUGCUUAUCUUCAUGCUGGUUCUUUCCAUUGAACUUGGGCAUUGUUCGAAAAUGACCGGUCCUUUCGAAGCUCUUUUUUUCUACUAUGCCUAUCAGAUCGAUGCCGCAGCUGCAGCCAGAGCAGCCGAAGACGGGAUCUCAUAUGAGGCCACAAUCGGAGGUGACUGUAUUGGUAGAGAUUGUACCUUGGAGGCCUUUUUGAGAACGAUCAUGGAUCCAUAUUAUGCGGAAGAUCUCACGCCCACUUCAACUGGAUCCACUAGAAGCCCCGACGUCUAUGCAACAGCCGAGGAGAUUGAUACGUAUUGGAAUUACAAUGGUAGCGACUUACAGGCUGACGAAAUCAUCAAGAAUGCUCCGGAUUACUUUGCCAAUGUGGUCAAUGCUGUCGCGAGUAAAAUACAAGAGGCUCGAGCAGUUGUGCCAUCUACCGAUCUGAUGGACAAGGCAGUGGUGGCCUUGAAAUGGGCGCAGGCCGUGAGGCUCAGUGAGAUGAUUGUCCUUAAUGGGGAGCUUCAGGGUGCGAAAGCGCUGGCUUUUGCAGAUAAGUACCCAGACGUCGACCUGCUGAGCACCCAACGAGAAUUGGGUAUUGACAGGACUGUGUCACCCCCAUUGAAGAUUGUUUACGCUGAUCUUGAUUAUGCAAACAUGGCAUUGCUGGCAUCGGACGGGGACAUGACGAGAGUCAUGAGUAAUUACGAUGACUUUCUCAAGUUUGCCCAAGCCAAACCUACCACCCGGGUUUACAGAACUCACCAAAAUAUCGUGAAUAUGUAUCAGCGGGUGAUACCGUCGCUGGAGGCGGGCUGUUCUUGA